AUGUCCUACACCGGAAAGACCGCAUUUUAUUCGGUCAAGAAGAACACGGUGACCAUACGAAUCUCCGACGCCCGUUCUUCGCAGCGCCCCCCUGACGACGGGACGUUUGAACUCCUUGAGCUGGAGGACCCCACGAGCGUUAUGUGGCGUCGCAAGAUAGGCAGGUUCAUCAGCAGUGCACUGAACCUGGUCGACCGUGGGCAAUCCACCCUAAAGUCUGAGGUUCCCUGGAUUCUGAGCGAUUUCCCGUCUCAUUACGCCUUGUAUUGUCGCCGGACAUCGACCCGGAGCGCUGAUGGGACGGGGAAAGCUCGUAAGGAUGUAUACCUAUACGGUGCCUCGCAUCGGUUUGCAUCACCCGCGGAGUUUGCUGCACACGCAAUAUGGCUCAUGCGCGGCCGCUCAGGCCAAUGUGUAUGCAAGUACUGCGUCGAUUCGUGGCGGGCUCGAGUACCCGAUCUCCUGGAGGAUGGCGUGAAGCAGACGGCCGCUGCCAUACCGCCUUCCGCAAGAGCGGGAUACUCGCAGAUGACCCGGGGCACCAAACGGAAGUUUAUCUCGGACGGAGACAUCGGCGUCUCUCUGAUCACCCGUCAUCGAUGUAUACACAUGGCUGUAUUGUCCUCUAUGUCACUUACAUACCUCUCACUGCCCUUCAAGUUGCAGCCUGUCCUGAUCAUGACAGAUAUUGUUCAGAUUAUCGCAUCAGUAUCUGGUAUGUUUAAUUGA